CGUAGGGUACUUUGGGUAGGGUUUUACAGAAGAAAAAAUACGAAAAAGAAAAAAGAUAUUCGGUCUUCCACCCGGCGCAGCAUCGAAGACGAAGAUGAAGCUGAAGGUGUUGGAAAGCCAUCUUGGAUCACUGCAGCAAUUCGGAAAUGCAAAGAUUGAAUUGGAACAAUAUCCAACGGGGCCGCAUAUCGCAUCUCGGAUGCUUUACACUGCGGAAAAUUCUUUUGGGGAUGUGAGCGGUAAGGUAGUGGCUGAUUUUGGGUGUGGUUGUGGAACUCUUGGGUUGGCUGCUGGACUUUUGGAUGGAGGCCAUGUUAUUGGAUUUGAUAUCGAUGCAGAGUCGAUCGAAAUUGCAUCCUCUAAUGCAGAUGAACUAGAGAUAGACAUGGAUUUUGUUCAAUGUGAUAUCCGGAAUUUAAAAUUAUCAGAUCAAACUAUUGACACCGUUGUAAUGAAUCCUCCAUUUGGAACAAGAAAGAAAGGGGCUGACAUGGAGUUUCUCUCUAUGGCUUUGAAGGUUGCUUCUCAAGCUGUUUAUUCACUGCACAAGACUACAACAAGAGAGCACAUCAAAAGAACUGCCCUGAGAGACUAUAAUGCUAGCAGCGCCGAUGUUCUCUGUGAGCUUCGGUUCGAUGUACCCCAACUCUACAAAUUUCACAAGAAAAAGGAGGUUGAUAUCGCUGUGGACCUUUGGAGAUUUGUCCCGAAAAGCCGUCCAGGUAUGCAUUCAUAGCAUUACAGUUUGAGAUAGAGACUGGAAAUCCUAUGACCUACAUUUGUGUUUGAUUUGUAUUUGCUUUUAUGGUUUUGGAAAAAUAUUGGUUCAUGAA